GGUACGAGUGAGGCAUAUCGAGUCGGAUUACAAAGGUUUCUUUGAAUAGGUGAUUCGAUUGAAAAGUUUGUGGAAGUUGAAUAUAAAAUUCCAAACUACACCACUAUCUUGCACCGUAUGGCACGAAAACAUAGCUCCAUACCAAAGGCUUUAUCUUUUCUAAGCUUUGCUUGAUUAGAAAAUUGUAUGUAUGUAAUUACCUCCCUUUUAUAUCGCUCUCGUAAAUAUACGCGACAUUUUGGCGGGAGAUCGUGACGAAUGUAAACAACAACAGCUGAGCUCGGCGACUGCAGAUUUCAUUCGAUUUGUCAUCGACCCGUUAUGUAAAUAGCUAGACUUAAUUAAUUUCGAAAUUAUUGAUUGUAUUCGCUGUCUUACUGCAGUAAGAUUGUAUAUGUACCACAGCGCUAACGUCGCGGACUGUAUAUACGUAGAUCUACCAUGGUGAGGGGGAAAAGAAAUACAAAUACUCAAGGUGAUGUCGAUAAACAAAUAUCUUUACCAAAAUUGCUGCCAGAAGAAACGAAUUCAGCAAGUUUGAAUGAGGAUAUUAGCAAGCAACAGCCAAAUGACAUAGUCCAGAACACCAGAGGGGUCAGAAAGAGAAAAUCCGCAAGAAAUGGUGUCGAAAGUAAAGAGAUCAAGGAACCCUGUCUCCUGAAGAAGUGCAAAGUUUCAUCAAGGAACAGAACAACAAUUGGUGACAAAAAUGAGAGCGCAAAAAUAAAACCAGACAUCAAAACCCAAGUUAAAAAAGAACAAGUUAGUAAGACUAUCAAAAAAGAACCUACUAGUAAAACUGUUGUUAAGAUCACCAAAAAAACAGAAAGAAAAAGAAAUCCUGAAUCCAAAAUUAAAAAAGAACCCAGUAGUGAAGUUGAUGUAAAGGUUAUAAAGACAGAGAGACAAAAGACUGUAAAAAGGUCGAAGCAAUCUGCCAAAUCACCGGUGAAGGGUAAAAGCAAGCCAUUGUGUGUCAAAUUGCCAGUCAUUUCUAACUUUAAUCUGGCAUCACACAAAUGUGAAAAACGUGUAGGAGCACAUGUGUCCAUUGCAGGUGGUCUGUAUAAUGCUGUGGAUGCUGCCGUUUCACAGAGAGCAACAGCAUUUGGAUUGUUUCUCAAAUCACAGAGACAGUGGAAUUCCAAGCCAUUGCUUGACAAAGAUGCAGAAAAAUUUAGAGAAGCUUAUCAGACUGCAGGAUUCUCCCCUGGUGAUAUUCUUCCACACGGCUCCUACCUGAUGAACUGUGGCUCGUCUAACCCGGAAACUCUCCAGAAAAGUAGAGAUACACUUAUUGACGAACUACAGAGAUGUGAAAAGCUUGGUCUGACGCUGUACAACUUCCAUCCUGGAUCCAGCUGUGGUGACAUCACCACUGAACAAUCACUUGGACUGAUUGCUGAGAGUAUCAACAUGGCUCACACCAAGACUAAAUUUGUUACAACAGUUAUAGAAAACAUGAGUUGUCAAGGCAGCACAGUUGGAGGAAAAUUCCAGGAACUGAAAGCCAUCAUUGACAAGGUUAAGAACAAGUCUAGAAUUGGAGUAUGUCUGGAUACGUGUCACGCCUUUGCUGCAGGUCACGAUCUAUCAAGUCAGUCUGGAUUUGAAAAGAUGAUGGCAGAGUUUGAGACAGUUGUUGGUUUUAAAUAUCUGAAAGCUGUGCAUCUGAAUGAUUCCAAAGGUGUUUUGGGUUGUCACCUUGACCGCCACGAGAACAUCGGGCGUGGCCACAUUGGGAUUGAAGGCUUUAGACGUGUUAUGUGUGAUCGGAGGUUCAACAAUAUGCCUAUGGUUCUAGAAACACCAGCUGCCACAGAGGACAUUUAUAUGAAGGAGAUUAAAAUGUUACAUUCCAUUUGUAAAACAUCAAAGUGAAAUGGUCAACACUUUGUAAUACAUAAAUGUGGAGUUGUCUUACAACAGUACCAAGUUUGUACUAUAGAUAUAUACCUGGCCUUGUAAUUUUGAGCAAGAAGUGUCAUAAUGAACUAUUCCAAUGUUUGAAUUGGAAGAGUAAUAAUGGCUUGUUCAGAUAGAGUUCUCGCAAAAUAAAUUUUAUGUUUGAACCAUUUUCAAUGAGCUCACGUUGCAUGCAUGUAUAUUAGAUUUUCUCUUGCAAUUGGUUCAUAGUAAAAGUUGAAUUUUCUUUGAAUUGCUAUGUUAUUUUCAAAUAAAAAUUAU